CCAAAGUGAGUGAACUGCAUUUGGUGAUUUUUGUGCAUCUAGUGUAAAAUCUGACAAUUUUAUAGCCAUUUUAAGUUUUGUUAUAUUUAUAUAAAAAAAGUAAUUAAUCGGGAUUUUAUAAGGGAACGACUUUGAAUUUUUUAAUGCUGCUGCUCAUGGAGACUAAUAUAUGUCUAAGGGGCUGCAACUGCCGUGUUGGCCGCAACCGAGCCUGCCUGUUUUUUUGGUCCUCCCUGGUGCUGCUGGUGGUUGUUGUCACUCUGAAAGCUUUGCAGUAUCAACAAGGUGACGUAACAGAAAUUCCCAGGGAGUUAACUGACUUCAAGCAGGAGGGCUUUACCCUCAUUAUCCAAACGUACAAGAGAGAUGAUAUCCUCCUGAAGGUCCUAGAACGUUGCCUGGCUGUGCCUCAGCUCCAGAAGAUCAUCAUAGUGUGGAACAAUGUUGAGGAACGCCCCACCCAGAAAUUACGGGAGUCCUUGGCCCAUCACAGUACUGCUAUUGUCUUUUUGGAGCAAAAGAUCAACAGUAUGCAAAACAGAUUGCAACCCUUUUCUGAAAUUCACACUGAUGCUGUGUUGAUGUUGGAUGAUGACAUUCUUCUCAGCGCUUCUGACAUCAGUUUUGCUUUCACCAUUUGGAAGCUAUAUCCGGACCAAAUUGUUGGCUUUGUACCCCGGAAACACGUCGAGACCUCUCCUGGGGUGUACAACUACGAUGGCAUCGGGCUGCCGGAUUCGAAAAAAGUAGGAGGAGACAAAUAUUCCAUGGUGUUGAUCAGCGCCGCAUUCUUCCACUGUCGCUACCUACAGUUGUACAAGGACCAGCCGAAAGCGCUCCACAGUCUGGUAGACGACACCCACAACUGUGACGACAUCGCCAUGAACUUCGUUGUGGCUCUGCACCUGCACAAAGUCUGGGCUGGCGCUAGGCCCGCGGGUGUUUUCGUCAAACCUGUGGACAUGGUCAACCUAGAGAAGCAAGCCGACAGCGGCUUCAAGGGAUUAUGGCAGCGCCCAGAACACUUCAAACAGAGGUCCUACUGUCUCAACCAACUAACUAAAAUUUAUGGUUUCAUGCCAUUGCAGUUCUCUGACAUCAUGGUGAUGCGGUUUCGCAAGAGUUGAGCGUUAGAGAAUGUUUUUAGUGGACAUGCAUGCAUAAACAUGCUGUCCUUCUGAACACGGUUUCAAGUAAGUAGCGCCGUGUUUUGAGAGCGGCCUGAUGAAAGGGAUUGUCUAAACUUCUUUUACUUAUGCAGUUCAUAACUUAAUUAUUGAUUUCGUAAUGUUUUAAUAUCCUUGGGUUAAUGGGUUUUAUAAAUAUAUUAAUUGAGCUUCGCUAUUUUUGGGUAUUUGGGUGGGAUGAUAUGCUAAAGCCUUGCAUGUGACCUUGGCAAUUUUUUUUGCCUUUGAAGCUGUCACAAGAUGGCCACAAAUCAAUUGUCUUCAUUGUAGAAUUAUUACUCUAACCUUAUAUUUUCAAUACUUUAAUAGUCAUAUUACUAUCACAACAAAUGUCCAAUUUAUGUCUUAUAUUUCUAGUGGUAAAUGAAUGCUUCACAGCUUUCCAUAAACAAUGAUUUCUUAACGUGACAUGAUUUAGGAACUAUAGUCCUUCAACAAGGUUAAAUCAGAGAGUCCCCGAUUUAAGGAAACUUGUGGAAGCUCCUCGAUCCGUGAUAUUCAAUGCAUGUUUAAGAGACUUGCGACGCUCCUUAGGUGGAGUCAGAAAAACUUCAGAGUUGCCUGACCGUUUUUUUAAAAAUGAAUUUGAGUGUAGAGGCGUCGAUAUACUUUCCUCUUCCAGAACAGAUAAUAAUUAAGAGGCACUGGGGUACAAAGAACUGUAGAGACUAUAGAUUUAUUUAUUUAUUUAUUUAUUUCCCUGCACUUGAGAUCCAGGCAAACUCCCUUGCAGUUAAUUCUAAAUGGUUCAUAUCAUUUAUCCCCAUUAAGUGAUUAAUAUUAAUAAUGUAAUAACUCAGAGGUCUGGCCAGGACUGAGUUGAUAAACAAUUUAACUUUUGAUGGAGAAAAUAACAUUUCCUAAAAUUAUAAUUAUUAAACCCAGAAAGUAAAAAAAAAGAACAUUAGACCAGCAACAACCUUCAAAUUUAAGGCUGCAAAUCACCCAACAUUUUAAGACUCAUCAAGAAGUUUCACCAGAGCUUUUACUGAUGAGAGAAUAAUCAUUUUAUUAUUCAAAAGACAAAUUGUGAUUUUACUUUGGUAUACAUUUGCUUUGCGGUUCCUGAGAUGUUUGAGUGAUUCAAUGAUAAACGAUAUACUGUAUGAUGGUGUAUUAUAAUCAUGAACUUUUUUCAGUAAAGUGAUUAAACUUGAUAAAUGUGUGUUCUUAUUUUUUGAAAAACAUUAUUUGAUCAUUAAAUUAGUAGUUCCAGUCCUAGUCUGUACAUUUGUUAAUUUGAAUGUUAAUGGCAUUUGUUUUGGUGUACAUUACAGAAUUGUACAAAUAUAACUAUACAUUUUGUAAUUCCUUAGAAUUAUAGUUGUUUUUGAAAAUUGACCAAAGAUUUACAAACAAACAAAAAAGUUAAAAUGGCGCUCCUGGAUUAUCAAGCGCAUAUUGAUUUAGCAUUAAAAUGGUGGACACAAAUGUGACAACAAAUGU